AUGUCCACGCUAGAGGCAGACUGUAUGAGCAGAUGUAGCGCAUGGCGACGGUCGAGAUCCAGAGUUGCGAUCUCUCUUGCUCUAUCCACGCUGCCGUUCUUUGGGCAGGGUGCUUGCAUGGCGCUGGUCACUUUGGAAAGCGAGUUCGGAUCUAGAUGGCCGCAACUUUCGGUGGCCCUGGGCAGGCCAAAGCGAUAUGCAGCUUGGGUCAACCCCUUUGCUGCCAAAGAUGCAGCUGAAGGGCUACUCAGAUCACAUGGUCUGGAACCCUUACCUGGCAUUGCAGGUAAGGCACAUCUGUGGGCUCCAACUGAUGAACCUGAAAAACUGCUGCCAAAGCCCCCAACCUGCUCAUCCAGUGGCUUGAAGGCUUACUACCCACUGGACUUGGCCUCAGCCAUGCCUGUCUUGGCCCUUCUCCAAGUUUUGGAGCCAGGCGUGCCAGGCAUGCCAAGCACGGCGCUCGAUGCGUGCGCAGCACCCGGCGGCAAGUUCCUGCUGCUGGCAGGCGCAGUGCUGGGAAAGGAGAUGCGCAGGGCGGAUCUGGUUGCGAUAGAGAGUGAUGCUUUCCGAGUGGGCCGGCUGAAGCAGAAUCUACGCCUGUAUUUGCCCGAAGCCACCUCGCGGCACGUGCGGGUGCUCCGCGCUGACUCUACAAGAGCUCUUGGCCAGUUGCAAGAAAGCCCCUUCGACGCCAUUCUGGUCGACGCGCCUUGCUCUUCAGAGCGGGAGAGGCUCUUGCGGUCGUUGCGACGAGGGCAGCGCAGCGAAGGCUGGAAGCUAAGCAAAGCUCAAGCGAAUGCCCGACGGCAGGUCAGCUUGUUGAGUUGUGCCUUGCAGAAUAUCUUGCCCGGAGGCAUAGUUAUUUAUGCCACAUGUGCCCUUUCCCAUAUCGAGAACGACCUCGUUGUUCAAGAAGUUUUAAACGACCCGAAGAACUGUGUGUUGCCAAUCUCACAUGAUGUCCCCGGUGUUGAGAUCGAAUCGACUCGCUACGGCUGGCGAGUUUUGCCUGACCGCGGCGGCUGGGGACCUUUGUACUGGGCGGCGUUGUCCCGCCGAAGCCUUGCCAGAAGCCGUUAA